UCACCUCCAAUUGCGGAUGGGAAGUAGCUCGUCUUCUCCGGUUGCAUCACCCACAAGACAUUUGUCCUCUAUUUCUCUUUGAUAUUGGCUAUGGCAGUUCCAAAGGUAAAGCUGGGGCCUCAGGGCUUGGAAGUCUCAAAGCAGGGGCUUGGAUGCAUGGGAAUGUCCCAUAAAAUUUAUGGCCCUCUAAAGCCCGAGGCCGAAAUGAUCGAUCUCAUCCGCAAGGCUGUUGAUUCUGGUGUCACAUUCCUGGAUACAUCGGAUGUCUAUGGGCCACAUACCAACGAAGUUCUUGUUGGAAAGGCAAUUCAAGGCAUUCGGGACAAGGUGCAGCUCGCUACAAAGUUUGGAAUAACUAUUCCCGAAAGCGGCAAGUUGAGUGGUAUGGCCAUCCGAGGGGAUCCCGCUUACGUCCGUGCCGCUUGCGAGGCCAGCUUGAAGAGGCUCCAGGUCGACUACAUUGAUCUCUACUACCAGCACCGCGUUGAUCAGAGUGUUCCCAUCGAGAUCACGGUUGGAGCGAUGAAAGAGCUCGUUGAGGAAGGAAAGGUGAAAUACUUGGGACUUUCCGAAGCAUCUGCUGAAGAUAUCCGCCGCGCUCACGCCAUCCAUCCAAUCACUGCAGUCCAGCUUGAAUGGUCUCUAUGGACUCGUGACAUUGAGGAGGAAGUAGUUCCAACUUGCAGGGAGCUAGGAAUUGGAAUCGUUCCAUACAGUCCUCUAGGACAAGGAUUUUUUUCGGGGAAAACAGUGGCGGAGGAAAUUGGGGACGGAGAUUUCCGAAAGACCAUUCCAAAGUUUCAAGGAGAGAACUUGGAGCGCAACAAAGUCAUAUACGAAAAGCUUUGCAAGAUAGCUGCGAAGAAGGCGUGCACUCCGGGGCAGCUUGCUCUGGCUUGGGUCCAGCACCAAGGUGACGAUGUUGUUCCCAUUCCAGGCACCACCAAGCUCCAAAACUUUGAAGAGAAUCGAGCUUCUCUUGGAGUGUCUCUCUCCAAGGAAGAUCUAGAGGGGAUUGAGAGCGUGGCGUCUCCCGGUUCUUUCCAAGGAGAAAGAGUUAGCAACACUUUUAAGACAACUACAUGGCGUUUCUCGUCACCACCUUUGCCGCAGUAGAUUAGGUUGACAUGAAAGCUCAGCUACAUUUCUUUCUCCAUUUCUGAGAACAGUACUGUUAUAUUAAAACAAAAUUUAUACGUUUAAAUCAAA